UAAAAAAUACAUACGCCAUAUUUUUACGGUGGAUUGGGUGUUUUGUGACUUCGUAUAUCGCUUGAAUUUUUUUAAUGUAAGAAGUGUUAAGUCGAAAACCGUGUUUGGGUGUUUAGCAAGUACUAAACUCAAGUGAAAAUCGAUUUACGUGCAACUUAGUCAACUUAUAUAGGUAGAUAUAUUGCGGAUUUGCGGAUAAUAUGCAAGCAGUAUAUCAGGACGAUGAGCUACUGACAUGCCCAAUAUGAAAGAAGAACCGGCAAGAGAUGGUGGUAUCAGGUGGAUGUCAUGGGUAAUUGGCAGUAGCAAGAACGUUCAACGAAAUGAUGAUACUAUACCUGGGAAGCAUCGUCUGUGGCAAUUGAUUCAAAUGAGAAGAAUACACGGGAGUAAAGUUGGCGGCACAGGCCGGAUGUUGUCGUCGAGUGAAAAACUUUGUCUUACACCACUCAUUUUUCGUCAGAGUUCUACCGUUGACGGUGACGUAUGUUUGUUGACAGAUAGCCCUUACAGAAUUUUGAGAGCCGCUGAAAGUGGUAAUUUAGAUGAUUUCAAUCGUCUUUUUAUAGCUGAACCAGCUCGUCUCGAAGUGAGAGAUUCGAAAGGCCGAGCAGCCGUACAUCAAGCGGCUGCCAGAAAUAAAUUAAAUAUAUUAAAAUUUAUUCGCAACCACGGUGGAGAUUUGAACUUAAAAGAUUCUUGUGGAAACACUCCAUUACACAUAGCAAUUGAACACAAUUCUCUGGACGCAGUGGAAUAUUUGCUUCAAAAUGGUGCUGAUCCGAGUGCAUUGAAUGACAAAAAACAAGCAGCUUUACACUUGGCGGUCGAGCUAAACCGAGUAGCUGUUCUUCAAGUAAUGUGCAAAUUCAAAGAUCGGAUCGAAAUCGGCCAAGGUGGCAAACAUGGUAGGACAGCACUUCACUUGGCUGCCAUACACGAUAAUGAUGAAUGUGCACGUAUAUUGGUCACAAGUUUCGCAGAUUCAAAAUUAAUAUUUUCCGUUGACGAAGAUACUAUACCAAAUCGAAAGUCAUAUAGUUUCAGUUUCUUAUGUUCAAUAUUCAAAAUGUGCUUGAUGUGGAAAUAUACUAAAUAUAAUAAGAAACGGCGCAAUAUUUGUCCGAUAAAGAUGCGAGAUCUGGGUGCUGAUAAUAGACAACCCUGCCACAAUGGAUAUUACCCAAUUCACGAAGCAGCAAAGAAUGCAGCGUCCAGAACGAUGGAAGUACUUUUGCAAUGGGCUGAGAGCAGAGGCAAUUCAAGACAUCAAAUGAUAUCGUUUUUCGACGCCGAGGGAAACGUGCCGCUUCAUUCUGCAGUACACAGUGGAGAUUUUAAGGCUGUGGAAUUAUGUUUGAAGUCCGGAGCUAAGAUUUCAACGCAACAAUAUGAUUUGUCCACUCCAGUUCAUUUAGCUUGUGCUCAAGGAGCCAUUGACAUAGUCAGAUUAAUGUUCGGCUUACAGCCUGACGAAAAGGCCCAAUGUUUAUGUUCUUGUGAUGUACAGAAAAUGACGCCGCUUCACUGUGCUGCUAUGUUUGACAGAUCUGAAAUCGUACAAUACCUCAUAGAAGAGGGAGCUGACAUAAACGCUUUGGAUAAAGAAAGUAGAUCUCCAUUGUUGUUAGCUGCCAGCAGGUCAGGAUGGAGAACAGUUGCAAGUUUAAUUCGAUUGGGUGCUGACAUUCAAGUUAAAGAUUCCAGUAAAAGAAAUGUCUUACAUCUGGUAGUUAUGUAUGGAGGAAGACUUGACGAAUUUGCUCACGAAAUUACUAUGGCUAACCAUCAAGGAGCUUUAGAAAUGUUAUUAAACGAAAAAGAUAAUACUGGAUGUUCACCUUUGCAUUACGCCAGUAGAGGUGGGCAUAUACGAAGUUUGGAAAGCUUAAUUCGGUUAGGUGCAUGUGUGAAUAUAAAAAAUUACAACGGCGAGAGCCCUUUACAUUUUGGGGCUAGAUAUGGAAGAUAUAAUAUUGUCAAAAGAUUAUUGAACUCAGAAAAGGGGGCUUUUAUAAUAAAUGAAUCAGACGGCGAAGGACUUACGCCAUUACAUAUAGCAUCUCAACAAGGUCAUACAAAAGUAGUGCAAUUAUUCUUGAACAGAGGAGCGUUACUGCAUCGCGAUCACAAAGGUCGUAAUCCCCUUCAUUUGGCUGCUAUGAGUGGUCAUACACAAACAAUAGAACUAUUACAUUCCGUGCACUCACAUCUAUUAGAUCAAUGUGAUAAGGAUAAAAAUACGGCUUUGCAUUUAGCUACUAUGGAGAAUAAACCAAAUGCUAUAACAUUGUUAUUGUAUAUGAACUGUAAAUUAUUAUUCAACUCCUUAGAUCUGAGUGCAAUUGAUUACGCAAUUUACUAUAAGUUUCCCGAAGCUGCAUUAUCGAUGGUUACUCACGAUUCACGAGCUGAAGAAAUAAUGACAUUGAAGUCAGAUAGGCAUCCUUGCGUUACAUUGGCGUUGAUUGCGUCUAUGCCACGCGUUUUUGAGGCUGUUCAAGACAAAUGCAUUACAAAAGCUAAUUGCAAAAAAGAUUCCAAACAAUUUUAUAUAAAGUAUUCAUUCUCAUGUCUUCAAUGUCCAAUGGUUCAAAAAAAUGGAGCGACUGGUACAUUAAAACCCACUCCAUUACCUGCUUUGAACGCAAUGGUCAACCAUGGAAGAGUUGAACUCUUAGCACAUCCAUUAAGUCAAAAGUACUUACAAAUGAAAUGGAAUACAUAUGGAAAAUAUUUUCAUCUUGCACAUUUAUUGUUCUACACGAUAUUUUUGAUAUUCGUAACUUUAUUUUCAUCUCAAUUAAUGGUCUACAAUCAAAUGGUACAAUCUAAAAAUGAUACGAGUAAUGCUUUAUUAACUGUUGAUACCACGACAAAUGUAGCCACACUGAAGACAGUAGCAGUUAUGAUUGUCAUUUAUGUGUUCAUGAAUAGUGCACGAGAAGGGAUUCAAUUUUAUCAGCAGGGGUGGCCUUACCUAUUGGAUCCAACCAACGUUGUGGCAAUAUUGUUAUACUUUUCAGCUAUAGCUAUGAUUGCACCGGUAUUAACGAAUUGUUUGCCUGAGUAUCAAAUAUCUUUUGCCAGCAUAACCGUAUUCCUUAGCUGGUUCACAUUACUCCUUAACUUACAGAGAUUCGACCAAGUAGGAAUAUACGUCGUUAUGUUUCUCGAAAUCUUACAAACCUUGAUCAAAGUACUGCUCUUAUUUUCCAUAUUAAUUGCUGCUUUUGGUUUAGCGUUUUACAUUUUAUUAUCAAGGGGUAAUCAUUUAUCAUUCAGUACGAUACCAAUGUCAUUAUUACGGACUUUCGCAAUGAUGUUGGGUGAAAUAGAUUUACUCGGAACUUACAUACAACCUUUGUAUGCUGAAGGCGACGAAGAAAAUGGCCAGGCUAGAACCAUACCAUAUCCAGUACCAGUAUUUUUGAUGCUUGGCGUAUUUAUGGUUCUCAUGCCUAUUCUUCUAAUGAAUCUACUUAUUGGUUUGGCUGUUGGUGAUAUAGAAUCUGUCAGACGAAAUGCACAGCUUAAAAGACUGGCGAUGCAGGUCGUGUUACAUACGGAGCUAGAACGUAAGUUGCCACACGUGCUGAUGGAGAAAAUCGAUAAAGCAGAACAGAUCGAAUAUCCAAACGAGAGAAAAACAAAAAUGGGCUUUUUGGAUUUUAUAUUGCGAAAAUGGUUUUGUAACCCGUUCUCUGAUGACGCAAUCGAAAUGGUAUUAGAAAAUAAUGAAAAUCACUUGGCUGAUGAGAUUGGAAAAGUGAAAGAUCGACUGAAAACGAUCACUAGCUCACUUGAAAACCAACAAACAUUUCUCCGCCUAAUUAUACAGAAAAUGGAAAUUAAAACUGAAGAAGAUGAAGUGGACGAAGGGGUGUCGGCUAAAGAAAUGGCGUUUACGAAUAAUCUGAAUGGAAAAUGGUCUUCGCCGAGAGUUAGGACUAAACUUAAAUCGUCAUUUAGUUUUUCUAAAUGUUAUACUAAAUAGUUCAAUGUAAUAUUUAGUAGUAAAUAGAUUCAAUAUACCUACAGUGUGUUUUACUGUGUUUGAAUUGAUA